CGUAUGUUGUCAACAAUCCUUUCUGUGUUGUUAUUGUCUACUCUGUAUGGAGUGAUCUCGGACACUAUUGGAACGAAAACAUUUGAGACUGAGCUUAGGAAAUAUUUGGAUGAAUCCCAAUGCUUUCAAAAUUGUAUCAAGGCGUCUGCUCUUAAAGGAAUAGCAAGGCAUGCGAAGAAUAGAGGAUUACACAGGGAGCUUGUAACAACAAUACAACUGUACAUGUAUGAGCAGUUUUCCUUUAGUGAAAGUACACCUGAUAGUUGUGGAGUGAUGCUGAUUGAGCACUUACCAUCAGGCUUGUAUGUUGAUAUUGACCAGGUCGCUGGUCUUGCAGCACUGGGAGGCCCAAAGCUAGUGCACUUUGACUUUAUGGAUGUCGAGAAACCUGCUCAUCUAUCUGACUCACAUAUCAUUUUAGUGUUUGACAGUCUUUCCCCCUCAGCGAAGAAUAGCAGCAUGUGGUCUGCUGAGCUGCACUUGCCCAUUCACAUUCGAUAUCAUUCUCCAAAUGAAGGUGGAAUUCCAGUUGAAGUGACGCUUCCUUCUCCUACUGUGCUUUUCUCCUGUUCAUCUGGUCAAAUUCGAUACAAGAUGUUUGAUUUCAUUAACUGUUCUACAAUUUGUGGUGGAGACAGUCAGUUUGAAGCUCCUUGUUGGUGGAGUGAAUCUUCAAGAUCCUGCAACUGGCAACUGCUACCCUUUCAGGUUUCAGAGCCUCUGGUGUUUCACGUGCCAGUGGGAAACACAAUGAAUUGGACGUUGGUAGCUAACAUGACUAUCAUCAUAACAAUAAUAUGUUGCAUUUCAAUAUGCUGGGCAUUGUGGCAGACAAAGAAUGGAGCAGUUGGGAGCAAGCUCCAUAGACACUAA